AUUGGGGUCCGAAGUGGACGGCUGGCCCGAAGCACUGGGCAAUGGUGUGGACAUGGUGUAAGUAAGGGGAGCAUAACACCAAGGAGGUGGGAUGAGUACUUUCCUUAAGGUUUUUUUUAAAUGAUAUUCUGUGCCGUCUAAUAACUUUAAAUGAUCCCACUGGGGACGUAGAAAGUGACAGCAGAGGUUUCCCAUCGCGUAGAUGAAUCUGGAGAAUUUCGCUGAUCUCCGCGCAUUACAUACUUUGACCACUAGAUGCCGCUGUCGCCAGUCUUGCGCCCCGGCCGUUACGUAAGGCGUCGCUGCGCUCCCAGCCUCUGUCCUGCGGGUAUGGCAGCCUUGUGGGUGACGUCAUCGUCCGGGCGCAGGGCGGCGCCGUCCCACGUUCCUUAUCCGGCCCGGGAGAGGCAGCGGCUGGGUGGGUCGAUUCAGUGCCGCUUUGUCGGUGGCAGAAGUCCCUUCCUGGGCCCUAGGAGGCUGCUCGUGUGCGGAGAGCGGAGCAGAAGGCAAGCACUGUGCUCGGGCAGCGCCCGUGACUCUCCAUGGGAUGAUGCGGCUGGGAAGCCCCCGGGAUAUCGCUCCCACUGGCCGAGGCAUGAGCUUCUUCCCCGGGAGAGAUGGCUAGCGGCGGCUCCGGCUCAGCCCGGUCCUCUCUUCCUUCCGGAGCAGCGUCCCAGCCGCGCAAGAAACUGCUGACCAUCUGCGAGCGGUGUAAGAACAAGAUGCAGCUGGUGGCCGACCUUCUUCUUCUGUCCAGCGAGCCGCGGCCUGUCAGCCCGGAGAGUUCGCUUCAGUUCGGAGAGGCGUUCGAGAAGUGCCGGGACACGGUGAUCGCCCGCACCAAAGGCCUGUCCAUCCUCACUCACGAUGUGCAGAGUCAGCUGAACAUGGGCCGCUUGGCUGAGGUGGGAGACACGGUGCAGGAGAUGGGCGACUUGGUGGUGUCUCUGAUCGAGCUGUCGGCGCACGCCGCUUAUCUGGCUGCCGUGGAGGUUCCCGGCUCUCAGGCCGCUCAGGCCGGGCUUGUGGACCGAUACAAAGUGACCCGGUGUCGGCACGAAGUGGAGCAGAGCUGUGCCACCCUGCGGAGCGUGCCCUUGUCUGAACUGACCCCGCAGCUGCUGCUCGAAGUCUCCCAGAACCUGUCCAUGAACCUGAAGACUCUGACGGACGCCAGCGUAGCGGCCAGCGACAAGUCCCGCGACAAGUUCGCCAGGGAGCAGUUCAAGCUGGGGGUGAAGUGUAUGAGCACCAGCGCCUCCGCGCUCCUCGCCUGCGUCAGGGAAGUGAAGUCGUCCCCCAGCGAACUGUCGCGCAACCGCUGCGCUCUCUUCAGCGGGCCCCUGGUGCAGGCCGUGCACGCGCUGGUGGGUUUCGCCACAGAACCGCAGUUCCUCGGGAGAGCCGCCAUUCUGAACCCAGAGGGCAAAGCUGUGCAGACGGCCGUACUAGGAGGUGCCAUGAGCGUGGUGUCUGCCUGCGUCCUCCUCACCCAGUGCCUCAGGGAUAUAACGCAGCUCUCUGACAGCAGCAGCAAGAUGACCGACUACAAGGACAGGCUGAGGAGCUCGGCCUGCGCGGUCUCUGAUGGCUGCAAUCUGCUCUCUCAGGCGCUGAGGGAAAGGUCCUCGCCCAGGACUCUGCCGCCGGUCAACACCAAUUCUGUGAAAUCUCUUUAGACUGGGGCUGCCCCUUCCCUGGACCUUACCAAAGAAUAAGGGGGUGUAGUCGACAGCGGGGCAGUGCUAACUAACAUGGGUAGAGAGUGCUGUAAGGCCCAUAUUAUUGCCAUCAGGAGGGCAGCAAUUACAGUAAUUGCAAUAUAGCAUUUCCUCUGGUUAACGCCUCACUGCAUUCCCACUACAUGUCUGUAACCCCCCCAAGGGUUGAGUGGAAUGUACCAUACUGAAUGAAAUGUCCAUUGCAGGUUUAACUGCAGAGAGUGGUGCUUAUAGGCAGUGAUGUCCCACACCCAGCCCAUCCUCUCCAGAUGGUAGAGCCCAGCAGCCCCCCUCCCCAGAUGGUAGAGCCCAGCUCCUAGCAGCCACUGUGGGUGAGUGACAGCCGUUGCAGCUGAAUAUAUACAAUUCCUCUUACACUAUAGACUUGCCUGAUAUCAUCACUUCCAUUAGGCUACGGCCAGACAAUUGCUGCAGGCUGAGAAUCCGCUGCUUCUGUCUGCCUGCAUACUACUGGAAGCAUUGACUCCUCUUGGUGUAGGCAGAUUUCUGAGCAGAAACAUUUCAUUUCACUCUGAAAUCUGCCCUGUCUAAAGAAAGAGAAGGGCAGCUGAUUCUCUGCCUGCGGAGAAUCCAUAUCAUUUGGCUAUAGUGUAACAGUAAAGUGAUCAAGAGCUGCUGUUCCCACUAUGUGAUCAGUUUUUAGAGGGGAGACAGAAUGCUGCAACUUCACCUAACCCAAGCUGCCAGUGCAGAGAUUACAUCCCCAGACCCACUAUGGCGUUGUAUAGAAAUCACAUGCACUUUGAUUGGAUGAAAAGCAGAGUACAACUACAUAAGGUGACCGUCUCACCCUGUCUCCAGAGACCCGAGGCAGGGAUGUCCAAUCACCAUCCUCCAUCUGUGGUCAAGUACAACUACUCCCUGCAUCCUCCAGUAGCAGAAGUGUUUUAAAGAACAGUUCAGUGUAAAAAUAAAAGCUGGGUAAAUAGGCUGUGCAAAAUAAAAAAAAACUAAUAUAGUUAGUUAGCUGGAGUGACUGGAUGUCUAACAUAACAGAACACUACUUCCUGCUUUUAAGUUCUCUAACUCUGUUGGUCAGCGACUUUAAGUGGGGCCACAUGGGACAUAACUGUUCAGUGAGUUUGCAAUUGAUCCUCAGCAUUCAGAUUCAAAAGCUUAUUCAAACAGUUAUGACCCAUGUGCCUCUCCUUAAGUCACUGGCUGGUAACAAAGCAGUGGAAAUCAAGAGAGCUGCAAAGCAGGAAGUAGUGUUAUGUUAGACAUCCAGUCACUUCAGCCUUUAUAUAUUACAUUUUUGGCUAACUGUAACUAUAUUAGAAAAAUGUUUUAUUUUGCACAGCCUGUCUAUUUACCCAUUUUUUAUACGGAACUGUUCCUUUAAAGGAUGCUGUGAGUUGUGGUCCAGCUGCUGGGCUGCUGCGGGGGAGCAUCUCUACCAUGAAGAAUUCAUGCUGCAUAUUAGCAGACUUGAAGGUUUUUUUUUUUGUUGUUUUUUUUGUUUGCGUCCUAUUCUGAUGUGUGUAGUGGUGUUUUGGGGAUAAGUGAUCUGGUUUUGUUUGGCCCUGAUGCAUACAGUUGGACCCGGUUAAUUUAUACAGGAUUAUGCAUAGGCUGUGUGCUUCAUUAACAUAAGUGGGAGGCAGGCAUAUGGAGAUGACUGGUUUUUUAUUUCAUUCCCUACAAAAUGUGUUACAAACUCCAAUACACCCUAUUAUUUAAAUUUGGGUUGUUUUUUAAAUCAUAGUAAUAAUUUAUACUUGUAAAUCAUUAAAAGGUUUUGCUAGAUGAUGAUGAGAAGAACCAUUCCUGUUUAGUUCAUUCUGCCACAUUAUGGUCUCUAUUGGAUAUGAUGUCACGUAGGCCCAAAAAAGCAAAAAUCUGUGAAAUCACUACCUGUAGGCAGACAGAUUAGUGCAGUCAAAUUCCCCCACCCGUGCAUAGAUACAAAUUCACAAUGAAAGGGUAUUCAUUUACUGCACACUUUCUUUUAUAAAUGAGUGGCAGCUGGCAUGCUUUAGCUGAGGUUAAACAAGGGAUCAUUUAGUGAUGGUGGGGCAUGGUGCAUAAUGUAAAUAACAUUUUGCAAUCUGCCCAACUGUUAGCACCUUUGCAAUAGAGUGCAUGCACCUAUGCUCCCCAUAAAUACAGUGUUGUCUGAGUUUGUCUGUGCUGUAUUCAUGAGGUGAAGAUGCAUGAUAGCCAUGUCCCCUUACUUGUGGUCCAUUCCGAUGUCUGAAUUAGGGAGCACCCAAGGGCACAGGAGGAAAAGGGGUGUCCAAUGGCAAGAACAUGCAUCCCUUCCAAACUCAUGUGCCCAGUACCUUGCUCUGGAUUUUAAAAGGAACAGUAACGCCAAACAAAUUUUUGUUUUAAAGUAAUGAAAAUAUAAUAUACUAUUGCCCUGCACUGGUAAACAAUGGCGUGUUUGCUUGAGAAACACUACUAUAGUUUAUAUAAACAGGCUACUGUGUCGCCAUGGGAGCAGUCAUUCAAAGCUGAAAAAAGAGAAAAGUCACAAGGGACACAGUAGAUAACAUACACUCUGUAGUAUAAAGUGGGAUUCUUCAGCACUUCUCUAUUAUCUGUUGUGUAUCCUGUGCCUUUCCUCCUUUUUCAGCUGUGAGUGGCUGCCCCCAUGGCUAGUGGAUAAUAUGGCCUGCUCGCACACCCUGGCCUUCAAAGGUAGACACCUGGUGCCAGUGUAUUCUUGUAAUUGCCCCCAUGGCUACACAGCAGCUUGUUUAUAUAAACAUUACAUUAUAUUGUGAGUUCUUUAAAAUGCAUUUUAUUUUUUGGUGUUACUGUUACUUUAAUCUGGCAUAGGUGCGGAGUGCAGCAGGACCCAGGAUACUUCAGCUAUUAGGUUUGUUGCUAGCUAAAAUAAAUGCUUUGUUUUGAUAAGUCUGCCACUCAUGUUAUUACAUAUAGGUAAAUAAUGUAUAGUCUGUCCAUAUGUAUGAUUUGGAUAAUAUUUCCCUACCGGCACUAGAAAGAAUCCUAGUACAAUAUGAACUGUCUUAAGUAAGAAAACUUAUAGUUGUGGAUCAGCAACACUCCCAGAUUGGUAGUCUGUGUCUUUAAGGGAAUUAUAAUAUUUGACCCUUUUAUGUGCCAUCCAUUGUAGAAUCUACAGCAGCAGCUUUAAAGUACUAUUGUGCCAACACCAUAGAUUUUGCAGUUUCACUUUCUUAUGUGCAGCAAGAUGGGCCCAGUAUUUAUAAAGGGUUAAAGUAACAGUUAAACUACAAUGCUGGUAGAUAAAACUUGUUGUUUUUUUUUAACCAUUUCAUUACACUCACUGAGCAAAGGCAAGGUAUAGAUAUUUUUUUCCCCCUCCUAUGAGACAAAUUUUUCACAGCCUCAUUUAACGCUUUCAGUACCAGAAGAGUUUGUGAGGCUUUGCAGAGCCGUCAUUUGAAACUGUUCCGGCACAAGUGGCAUUACCAGGGCUUGAAACCCGUGCUGGGCGCGGAUUAAAGCCAACGUCUUCCAGAACUUUUCCAGCAGAAUGUUGCCGAGUGUGAUGUGCAGGAGUUAAAAGGUUACCUCAUUUUUUUUGGAUGUGUAUGGGUUUAUUUUAGCUGCUGGAUGUAGCUCCCUUUUGAUAUCCUGCAUUGGAAGUGAAUGAAGUGUGUUGGAAGUCCACAAGGACAGGCAGGAAUUGAUUCUUAUACCUUUGUAUGUACUUUUUUUGUUGCCAUGUUUCCUGUACUGCAGGGGCAAAUAGCCUAACCAUAUGGAUGGAGUUUUAGUGUUCAGGCCAAUGAUCUUCAGCCUGGACUGGAGAUCCACAGUCUGAAGAUCAUUGCGUAAGGGUUUUAGGGCUGAAUGCCAAGAGAUGGAUCAUAGUUGUUUUAUCCUACAUUCCAAAAAUAUAGUUUGACCCUAAACCUUUUAGAAGAUGUAGAGUAAAACUAUAUUGAAUGUAUCCACUUGUGCAGUCGCAGCAGGAUGGCACAGUCAGAUAACAGAAAAGUACCCUUUGUGCUGACUUAUUGCUGGGAGGUGGGCUGCAGUGAGUGUGUCCUCUAACUGUACACUAUCGUUUUUUUCUCUUUUAUCGUUGGUUUUUACCAUGCAUGUACUGGAGUAUUUAUUUCACCUAUUAAAAAGUUAUGUUUUACAAA